AUGACUGAACGCUACAGUUUUUCUCUGACCACUUUUAGUCCGUCGGGAAAGUUGGUCCAGAUCGAAUAUGCGCUUGCUGCCGUGGCCGCCGGUUCCCCUGCUGUCGGCAUCAGAGGCAAAGACGGUGUUGUGUUAGCUGCCGAGAACAAAAUGAAGUCGAUACUCUACGAAGAACAUUGCGUUCAGAAGAUCGAACAAAUUUCUGAAAAUAUUGGAAUGGUUUACAGCGGAAUGGGUCCGGAUUUUCGAGUGUUGGCUAGAAAUGCUCGAAAGGCAGCUCAGGAAUACUGGCUCAUGUAUGGCGAGCCGAUCCCUACCAUACAGUUGGUGCAGAAGGUUUCAGCAAUCAUGCAGGAAUAUACGCAAACCGGUGGCGUAAGACCGUUUGGUGUGUCGCUGUUGAUUGCUGGUUGGGACAACAACCGGCCUUACCUGUUCCAGUGUGAUCCCUCGGGUGCCUACUUUGCGUGGAAGGCAACAGCACUGGGUAAAAAUUAUAUCAACGGGCGCACCUUUAUGGAGAAACGGUACUCUGAAACUCUCGAACUGGACGAUGCUGUGCACACCGCCCUUCUAGCAUUGAAAGAAAGUUUUGACGUUGGCAUGACGGAGGCUAACGUUGAAAUCGGGAUUUGCAAUAAAAGCGGCUUUCAUUUGAUGACCCAGCAGCAAGUCAAAGAUCAUCUUGCUACUUUAUAG